AUGUCCAAGGAGUUCACUACCAAGACUGACUCCUUUGCAUUGGCAUUCGUGCACCAGGCGGACGAAGACCUAAUUCUGCUCUCCUGGUCUGAUUUAUCGAAGGGAAUUGGCUACGUGAAGAAAAUUCCAAUUAUAUCCACGGGGGAGUUCCAGCACUCUCAAAAGUCGAACAUUGUCAAUAUCACUGUUCAUCCAAGCGAGCCAGAGCUUCCUGAUGAGGUCAAGCCCCCAGAGGACAAGGCUCCUGGGAAACGCCAGACUGUUGUAAAGCAGCCUGUAGAGCUCGAGGCUUCGGAGAUUAGCUCUCCACCCGUUCCAUGA